GACCGAUCCGCAAUUGACAAUGAGAGGACACCGUUGCGCGAGCACUGCUGUAAUACACUCGCUAUCUUGAAAGAGGAUUCACGACAAUGGUCGAGCAAAUACCGCGGCAUCCAAAUGGACAGCGGCUUUUCGGCGAAUAUUUCUGCAGUCGAUUACGAGGACAAUACUGGUCGAUAUGGUGUUGACUAUAUUCCAUCGGUGAUCCCGGUUGAGAUGUCAUCAGAUGGUCGCUGCCUCUGUCCGACGAGUGAACAACACGGAGCAUGCAGUUGUAUAGCAGCUGAUUGGAAACGAGUACGACUACAA